AUGUACUCACAGAUGAAGCGUGGUUUCCUCAAGCAAGGAUUGGACUCGGAGGGCAACACGCGAGCGCCAUUCACAUCGUCGGUCAAGCUUCCCGUCCAGGACCGCGGCGCUGAACGUCGGCCCAAGCCGCCUACGGCGGACAGCACCCGUCCUGACGAGGGCAUUAUCCCCGAGGAAAUCAAGAGCAAGGCUGGGCCGCCUACAGGGCCGCCCCAGAUGCCCCCGCCUUGCUUUUGUACCUACUCGGGGGAUAGCGGCGAGACGGACAUGGCCAUUAUUGGAUCCCGUGCAGAGCUCGAGCACAUCAUUCCAUUUGGUGAGGUCGCUCUGGAGAAGGAACUGCCAGACCACGGGAAAGUCCGGCCUUUCCGGGUACAGGAGACUGCCCAGAUGGGUCUGGGGUUGUUCGCGACGCGGUCCAUCAAGGCUGGCGAAUUGAUCAUUGCAGAACGACCCACCAUCAUCUCGUCCUCAGGCGUAUGUGGCACGAAGUACUAUGUGCCUUUCGAGCCCUCUUUUUACGACGCCGUCCUUGCAGCGCUGUCGGAGGGCCCACGCACUUCCUUCAUGGCUCUGGGCGACUGCUGCCUUGUCGGGGAACGAUGUCAUCCACUUCCGGGACGCGUCAAGACGAAUGGGUUCGCCAUCGGUGCCAUGUCCGAUGCGCAAAAAGCCUUCAAAUAUGUGGCGACGUACCUCACAAUAUCUCGCGCGAACCACGACUGUGCUGCGAACGCGCACUACCACUGGAACAAGACGAGGUGGUGUGGGCAGAUAUUUGCCGUGAGGGAUAUCACGGCGGGCGAGGAGAUCACGACAACGUACGCGCCAUUGGCGACGCAGUCGCUGCGGCACGCAUUUUUCGCGAUUGGGUAUUCAUGCAGCUGCCUCUGCAAGACAUGUCUGGAGGCGUCGCCGGAGGACGUGAGGCGCAGCGACGAGCGGCGGAAGGCGGUUUUCGGGUUGCUGUAUGACCUGGAGAACGCCUCAGAUCCCUCGUCGUACCCUACCCUUUCGAAGAAGUCCAUCCGACGGACGUUGCGGUACGCACGGGAGGAAUCAUUGAUGGCUUCAUACGCAUACAUCUUGUUCGAGGUCGGACGAAUCAUGCGAGUGCAAGAGGGCCCUGUAGGAGCGCUCCGGUGGCUAAAGGAGGCCAGGAGGGCGUUGGUCUUGGUUGUCGGGGAAGAGUCAUGGAAGGUUGCCCGCGUCGAUAGUGUCGGGAGCAUGUACUCGCAGAUGAAGCGUGGCUUCCUCAAGCACGGGCUGGACCAGGGUACUACCGCGCCGCCGCCGACCAACUCGCCGACAAUGCCGUCUGCCAGGCGGAAGCGUGUGGCGGCAGCAGAACCUCACACCAAUACAUCUACUGCGAGUAGCACCCGUCCUGAUGACGGUAUGUAUACCCAGAUGAAGCGCGGCUUCUUGAAGGAAGGUCGCAGGACCCGCGCCGAAACGAACACGGCCUCAGUGGACAGCGCCGUGCCUCCGUCGGCCACGAAGCCUGUUAGUGUCAAUGGAGGGCAUUUUCGCUUGGUAUGCCCCGAGGAAAGCAAUAGCAAGGCGGGGCGGGCAACUGGGCCACCCCCGCCCUGCUAUUGUACUUACUCGGAAGACAGCGGAGAAAUAACGAUGGUCAUGAUUGGAUCCCGCGCCGAACUCGAGCACAUUAUUCCCUUCGGCGAGCUCGCUCUGAAAAAGCCACUGCCAGACCAUGGCACGGCCCGUCCCUUCAGCAUACAGGAGACUGAGCACAAGGGCCUGGGGAUGUUCGCGACGCGGCUCAUCAAGGCAGGCGAGUUGAUCCUCGCAGAAAGGCCAACUCUCCUCUCAUCCAAUAACUCGGUCGGAAACAAGUACCGUGUCCCUUUCGAGCCCUCUUUCUACGACGCAGCGCUCGCUGCCCUGUCGGAGGCCCCGCGCACGUCCUUCAUGACGUUGGUCGACCGAUGCUCUCUCGGGGAGCGAUCCCACCCGCUCCCAGGCCGCAUCAUGACGAACGCGUAUACCUCCGGGCCCUUGACCGAUGAGGUGGACAACCCUGUCGCUUUCGGCGGGACAUACCUCACGAUUUCCCGCGCGAACCACGACUGUGCUGCGAACGCGCACUACCACUGGAAUAAGGCGAGGUGGUGCGGGCAGUUCUUCGCCGCGCGGGACAUCCCCGCGGGCGAGGAAAUUACGGCGAAAUAUGUGACGUCAGUAACGCGGGCGGAGCGGCAGGCAUGCUUUGAGAGGCUGUAUUCGUGCGAGUGCCUCUGCAAGACGUGCCUGGACGCCUCGCCGGAGGACGUGAGGCACAGCGACGAGCGGCGCAAGAUAGUUGCGGAGCUGCUGCAUACCUUGGAAAAUGCGCUGGAGCCCUCUUCGUACCCUGUGUUGUCGGAGAAGGCUGUCCGGCGGACGCUGGGGUACGCGCGGGCGGAGGGGAUGAAUUUCCAGGUUGCGAGGAUCUUGUACGAGGUCGGUCGAAUCAUGCAAGUGCAGGAGGGUCCGCUGGCGGGGCUCAAGUGGUUGAAGGAGGCUAGGAGGGCGCACGUGUUGAUUCUCGGGGAGGAGUCGUGGAAGGUUGCCCAGGUAGAUGACAUCGGACAGUUCGUGGUAGAAAACAUACGAGCGUGCGGUGUACAGUGCAGUUGGCCUUAG